GGUGAGCCUCCUUUCUCUUCUCCUGAUUUUUCUGCGCUUUUGAGAAAAAUUCCAAUUUUUUUGUUUGUUUUUUAUUUUUAAAAAUAGUUCCUUCGCUAUAGAAACAUAGUUUUAAAAUGUUCAAAAUCUAUUCUUUUCCAGACAUAACAUUGGCUUAUAUCUCUCACUGAAAGUAUGUUACCUUUUUUCACCUGAGAUUUGAUUCUUCAUUGACUAUCUCUCUGUUUCUGAAAAAGCAAGUAAAGUAUGAAUCUUUACAAUUCUUUUGAGAUGAUUCCUUGUAAAAGUUUCUAUUUUGGGAAUGAAUGAAUGAAAGUUAUCUUUGCUCCUGAAAAAGUUAUUUACUUUCCAUUGAUCCAAAAUUUCAGCAGCAAAGCAAUCCGGAUCCAACACAUACGUUUCUCUGAUGCCAACAAGGUUUCGAUCCAUUAAGAAAUAUAGAAAGACAGUUUUGGUUCUUUCUUAAAUCAUGGUGGAGCCUUGCGAGACACGUAACAACAACGGUGAAGCAUAUCAGAUGGUUAGAUAUCAAAACCAUCACAACUCCAGGAUACCAUCAUCAUUGCUAGAAUUGAGAGUGUUCUACGUCAGAAUAAGCAACUUGAAGGUGGAUGAAUCCACACCUGAGGUCCUCACAAUCACUCACAUCCCUCUUGAUCCUGAUACACUUGUCGAGAUCAACGGUGUCAGAACGAGCAUCGUUUCCUCUCAGCUAAGGAGAGAUCGUGUUGAUAAGAACUCGGAAGCAGCUACUUUCAUCAGCACAGACAACAUCAGGCUAUCUGGUAAUGUGAAGUUGGAGGUAUACGACAAAGAUGAGCUUGUUUUGUCUGGAACGUUAGAGAUGUCUGGUGGUGGUAGUAAUAGCGUGAAGCAGCGGUGGGGAAUGAACUGUGAAGCUGAGGUUACUACAGGGUAUGGUUUCUUGAAGGAGUUGUCUUCUCCGUUGCCAAUUGUUGAAGUAUAUGUCACUGGUUGCUUCUCAGGAACACCCAUUAUUUUGACAAAGACGCUACAGCUUGGUUCCAGAAAGAAGAAGAGUAGAAGGAGUGGAUUAGAUUCGAUUCCGGAGUAUGAGCCACGGAAAGAUUUUGAGGUAACAGAAUACGGAAGCUAUAAAGAAGAAUAUGAUGAUAUGUAUUUGGGAAGAGAGUACGAAGAUGGAGAGAUGUCAUGGUUCAAUGCGGGUGUGAGGGUUGGUGUAGGAAUUGGGCUUGGAGUAUGUGUAGGACUCGGCAUUGGAGUUGGACUUCUGGUUCGAACCUAUCAAUCAACCACCAGAAACUUCAGAGCAAGGCUUUUCUAGUUUCAACUCAAAUUUGCCUCAAGCUUCUUUGUUUUCUCUAACUCCACUCAAUCACCAAUCUCUUUUGACUGCUAUAUAGCUAAUACUGGUGUGUAGUAAUAGACUUUCUUCAAGUGUUUUUCUCUUCUCUGUGUGCCUUCAAUUUUUGAAAGAUUGUUCUCUUCUUGUGUUUGUUGAGAUUCAGAAAGAAACAAAGCUUAUGACUGCCUAUAUUAGUAUCUGUAAGAUUUCUUGGAUUGACUUAGAAGACUGUAAGAGUUACUUAUAGUAUGGUCCCUUUGAGAUAAAUAUAUAAACAAAACAAAGAUGAUUUUGGAUCCAGGGGUUUAGAUUUAUGUAUUUUUUCAGGUAAUUGUACAACAAACAUACAUCAGUAAAAAGACCACAACAAACGUCUUCACAUAUACCAUUCAUAUCCUCCACAAAUGUUCACUAGUCCUCUUCGCUAACAACUGUUACAACUAACUUCAUUGCACUACUGUAAAAGCUGAUGCACCACAAUCACCAAUCUUGUCUUUCAUCAUCUCAGACCCUCUAGGUUUUGCUAUUCAAUGCUUCCUAUAUCUUGAGGAAAUUCUUCUCCGAAGUUGUAUGAUCAGCUGUAGUUCUUGCUGAUCAUCUGAUUCUAAAACACCCAACAACUCUGAAACUGAUACGAACUACCACUAUCAGUAUCUUGAAGUCACAGGAACCGUGGCCAGACGAGAAUGCACAUAUAGCUUUAGAUCAUCAAGAGAGUUGUUGUAACCAUUGCAUGCCUCCUCUGUGAAACUGCUGUGAUGACAGAUGAGUAACAAAACCGACAUUGAGACAACACUUGCUUUUACCAAAAA